AUGAACGCUUCCUUACAAUUCGUGACAAUACUCAUUCUUACGGGCCUCAACGUUGUAGCAGCUGUUGAUACUUCAGAGAAUGAAAUAGACAGCGAUACGGUUUUUCAUAAAAAUUCAAAAUCGCCUGCUAGUCCUCUCCAAGACGAAGUCGACAUCCUAAACCUGCUCAACAUUUCCCUCAAAGAUCAAGGGGUGUCGGCCACGGAAGGACCAAUUCGCAAUUAUCCAGCGUACAAAUUCCGUCUGCCCUACGGGAAUGUCCUCCUAUCGAACGCCACCAGCGUGACCGAAGCUCUAAACAGUCCGGAAGGUUUCACGGCUAUUUUUUUGAUCAGACAACAGAAGAAUAAUUUAGGAACAUUGAUUUCGGCCAAUUCGCCCGGCAGACUGACGCCUUGGUUCCAGGUGAUCAGCAAUUCCAAAACCGGCGUUCUGACGUUGAAAUACAGAUGGAAAGGGUUCAAUAAGAUCAGGCAGAUCGAUUGGGGUUUGCCCAAGCAUCACAGAAAGUCUCCAAUGGCAGCUUGGACUUGGCUGUCAAUCUCGUUCGAUACGAAACAUGGCAUGAUCCGAUUGGACCUUGACUGUGAUCCCAGCGCAUUCGAGAUCAUUAAACAAAGGAAAACUCUCGAGAAGUUCACCGUUCCCAAUGAUUCGCUUGUUUACUUCAGCCAAGAACCGGGAAGAAAGAAGAAAUAUCUAGGAUCCAUUCAAGUAGCGAAAGUUUUGCCUUACACUACCGAGAAGAGGCUUUGGUCUUGUAUGCAGAUUGCUCAAAAUUUGUCUCCAGAAUUUCGAAAACCGAUUACUUAA